AUGGAUAACAUGACUUAUUUUUCCACUUAUACUUUAAUGGAACCAAAAGGCUCCAAAUCAUACAGACAUGUGUACUUCACAUGCUUUUUAUUGCUUUAUAUUAUGAUAUUGUUUGUGAACAUUUGGGUGAGUGCUGUUAUCAUUUUGGAGAAAGCUCUCCAUCAACCAAUGUAUAUUUUCCUGUGCAAUCUGUGUAUAAAUGAUAUAUAUGGAGCAACAGGAUUCUAUCCUAAAUUUCUACACGAUUUAUUACGGGAUUCAUAUGUGAUCCCUUCUUACAUGUGUGCUUUACAAGUUUUUGUGAUUUACGGUUCUGUCGCGUGUGAUUGUUGUACACUAACAGUGAUGGCUUAUGACAGAAACGUGGCCAUGUGCAGACCUUUAGACUAUCAUUCAAAGCUAAACAGAUUUACAUGUCGAAUUUUACUCAGCUUAUGUUGGAUCCCACCAUUAGUUUCUGCGACCAUUGCUAUUGUAUUGUCAAAUCGAUUGGAAUUGUGUUCCAACCACAUUAAUAAAUUGUAUUGUGACAACUGGUCUAUGGUAAAGCUCUCAUGUAAAUUAGCAAUCGCCAGUAACAUUUAUGGCAUUGUUGUUAUUUUUUUGUUCUUUUGCUUGUCUGUUUUUAUUAUUGUGUCUUAUAUUGUACUUAUCAUUGCAUGUAAAGAAUCUUUAGAGAACAGGAGGAAAUUUUGGCAGACUUGUGUGCCUCACUUGUUCACAAUGAUCAAUUUUGCUUUUGCUGCUUUCUUUGACAUCAUGUACAGCAGAUAUGGCACAGGCAAUAUCUCAGAGAAUCUGCGUGACUUUUUGGCCUUGGAGAUGUUCAUCGUGCCACCUCUUUUAAACCCUGUAAUAUACGGAUUUAAGCUCAAAGAGGUCCGUAAAAGGUUAUUGAAAUCAUGUGUUAACAUCAAAUAUUUUUAA